AUGUCGUUGAACGAAGACGGUUUGAUGCUCGAUGCGGGUGACAGAACUCUGCGUUUCCGUCUGGCUUCCUUCAUCUGUGACGCUCCUGCAAGAGCUUUCAUAAAGCAGAUUAAGAAUGUCAAUGCUUACUUUGCCUGCGAACGUUGUUGCGUUAAGGAGGAGUACAUCGAUAAGAUAGUUUAUGAUAGUGUCUCCGAACAUGCUAGGACAGAUGAGGUUUUUUUCAAGGGACGAUGACUGCCAUCGCAUUGGCGUGUAGCCAUUGCUGGCAUGCAACAUGGAAAUGGUAAGCUCAUUCUCUUUAGAUCCUUUACAUUUGGUUUACCUCGGUGUAGUGAGAAGACUGCUCAACUUGUGACUGCGCAGCCCUAGAGACAGUGCAUAUAGGUUGUCCGCAUCGGCAAUGUCGACUGCCGAGGGAAUUUUCGCAGCGCGCUAGGUCAUUAAAUGACAUGGACACCUGGAAGGACACAGAACUGCGCCAAUUCUUGUUGUACACUGGCGUAGUUGUUCUUUAUGGUGUGGUUCCACGCAAGUUUUGGAAGCACUUCUUACUGCUUUUUACAGCAGGACGCUACAUAGUACGACCACGCUCAUGCAGAGAUUGGGUCCCGUUUUGCAGCCGUGUAUUACGCAUGUUUGUCGAUAAAUUUUCGUCUUUGUGCGGUAGGAAAUAAAUGGUGUACAGUGUUCAGAGCACUUUGCACUUGGCGGACGAUGUAAAACCACAUGGUCCGAUGGACGCUUUUUCAUCGUUCCCCUUCGAAAGUUACCUAGGUAGGUUAAAGCGUCUGCUGAGGAAACCAUCCCAGCCACUGCAACGAGUAGUGCGUAGGUUAGGGGAAUUGCAGUCAGUGGCAAUUGAUAUCCACCUUCAUCUGGAGUGGACGUGUAAACAACAGCAUACAGAUGGACCACUAGCGCAGCAUCAUGGUGCAUUUACACAAUUUAAAUGUAUCCAAAUGGGUUACCUAGUCAUUAGUACUACAAUUGCCGAUGGCUCAGUGGCCAUCGAUGAUGAACUAGUUAGGAUUAGAAAUAUAGUGAGAUAUGCAUCAGGCGACAUUGACAUAGUUUACUCGGAGUUUAUUAACAUAGAAGACUUCUUUGAUUAUCCCGUAGACUCCUCAAACAUUAAGGUUUUCAAGUGCAGGUUAGGGAGCGAUAUUCACAGCUGCCGUUUGCCGAGCACGGUGCAGAAGUAUGCGUGCUUUCCAAUGCAGGAGGAAUUCGUCCUCAUUGAAAUUAAUGGACGUUGGGACUCAGCGGACAGUGCAGCGGUUGGUAAGUCUACCGGCUGACGGAUGAUUGCGUACGACGACGGCCUUUCAACACCUUCUUCAAAGUUCUUCAGUGUCUCACUGAAAACCCCGCCGCUAAGCGGUCACUAUCUGCGAAUCCUACAACCCAACGGUCCCUUAUUUACAGAUUCGCAAAUGGUACGGGGAUACUGUGGGACUUACAUAAGUUUCGGCCCUAAACAUUACUAACUUAAUCCCGUUGGGUUGUAGAUAAGUAUGUGCGAACCUCCGCAUAGGGAAUAUGUAUGUAUAUUGAAGGGUUACAGGCAGAGCCCUUGAUGACCCUAUUUAUGUACAGUGCUUUCGCAGAUUCAUACUCAAAAAUUAAAUAAAAUUGCAGGCAUUUAAAAUGUGAUUGGGUCACAGUUCAAUCGUAAUCCUAAGUUAGUGAAUAGGGUCAAUGUAAAUUAGUGCGGAAGAUUGUGUAUGACAGAUUUUACAAAACUGGCUGUGCAUAGUCAUGCUGUACAAGCCGAUUUCUGUCGAAAACUAGACGAGCAAGUUUUCUUUUAAACACACAAACUGUGUCAGCCGUCACUAUCUCGUUUGGAAGCGAGUUCCACGGCCUGACAACCCGCUGGCUGAAUGAAAAUUUUCGUCGGUCUAAACGCGUGCGCUCAUUCCCGACUUUGUAUGCAUGGCCGCGUAGUUGGUUUGUACGGGCGAACUCAAAGAAGUCCUCUGCUCUUAAUGAGCAACCCUGGCCGCGAACAAUUCGGAACGUCCAGAGUAGACUGCAGUUUAUUUGUCUAUAAGAGAGAGGGAAUAGGCCAAGCAAAUUCAGCCUCUCCUGAUAAGACAAAUGCUUCAGACCGUCGACCAUCUUUGUCGCUCUGCGUUGCACCUGUUCGAGUAAGUUGAUAUCCUUCCUCAUCCAUGGUGAAGCUGCUGGCAUUCCAUACUCUAGAUGAGGUCUUACAAAGACACCAAAGAGUCUUUCGAAAAGUUCGGGAGGAAAUAUUUUAAAUGCACGUCUUAUCCAGUGUAGAGUACUAGUAGCCUUCUGGACCAUCUUUCUGCAGUGUUCUGAUGGCGAUAGAUUUGUGGUCGUCCAUACACCCAGAUCUCUGUGUCUUUCCACAGUUUCUAACCUCGUCCCGUCAAUAUAGUACUGGUGUUUGGGAGAGGCAUUGCGACCGGUGUUCAGGUGCAAAACCACGCAUUUGGACACGUUAAACUUCAAAAGCCAUCUGUUCGACCAAGCACACAGUUUGUUGAUGUUCGACUGCAACUUCUCUGCGUCAUCAUCGCACUUGACUUCACUCCAUAUUUUUAUGUCAUCCGCGAAAAUUAGAGCCCCGCAAUUCACUUCACUGAUGCAGUCAUUAACAUAAAUCAGGAAGAGUACUGGGCCUAAGACAGAAACCUAUGGGACACCACUUUCCACCUUUACCCAUUCCGAAGUAGAAUUACUAACGACGACUCUUUGUAGUCUGGAGGACAGAAAACUCCUGAUCCACUUGAACGUUCUCCCUUGAAUCCCUACAUCCCAGAUCUUUUGUAAAAGAAGCCUGUGUGGGACACUGUCAAAGGCCUUCUUGAAGUCAAAAAAUAUGACAUCUACUGGAAAACCCUUAUCGGUAGCUCGUGUCCAUUUCUCGUGCGAGUAAAGAACACUCGUUAGGCAGGAGCGCCCUGGACGAAAGCCGUGUUGGGCAUCGCACAAUAUUUUGUUCUGUUCCAGGUAUUUCAUCAAGUGUCUUUUGAUAAUGCGUUCCAUUAUUUUACACGCGAUGCAAGUAAGACUGACAAGACGAUAAUUUCCGCAGUCAAGUCUUGAGCCUCCUUUAUGGAUCGGAGUAAUGAGUGCGCACUUCCAUUCUUCCGGGAGCUCGCCGUCUUCAAAUGACUUUUGAAAUAUUGCGGAUAAGGGUUUGCACAGUUCAUUAGCAAGUUCACGAAGUGCUAGGGCGGGAAUUCUAUCUGGGCCAGGCGAUUUGGCAGGUUUCAGCCGGAGUAGCUCGGCCCUAAUUAUGGUAGAUGAAAAGAGUGGUUCCUCGGUUAAGGAGGGUAGGGAGGGGAUAGGAUGGGGAAGGGUACUGGGGGGAGAGGUUGGUUGGUGAAUGGAUGGAUGGGCAAAUAUAGCACUAGGUUCUCGGGUGAAGACGGACUGAAAGAAAUAGGAAAGGAGGGACGCUUUAACCUGAUCAUCAAUCUCCACUUUUCCGUCUGCAGACCUGAGGGCAGGGAUGAGCUCCUGAGUCCUUUUAGUACUUCGUAUAUAACCAUAUAGAAUUUUCGGAUGCUCCAACGAAUUUCGGAGUAUGUUUAGUUCAAACUUCUUUCGCAGCUUUGAGGCCUCACUUUUACAGACGUUUCGUUGCCGCUUAUAUUCCUGUAAGUGUUCGUCGGAGCCAGUUUGUCUGUAACGCCUCCACAGACGAUUCCUUUUUCUGAAAGAGGCCUUCAAGUCCGGGUUUAUCCAUUUUGGGCGAUUUGUGAUUGUCUUCCUUCUGAGAGGACAAUUGGAAUAAACAAUCUCUUUCAGUAAGGAACUGAAAAUAUUCCAGUUAUCGUUUGCUUGACCAUGCAGUUCAGUCUCCCAUGAUAUAGCUGCCGCUUCCCUCCUCAUGAGAGAAUAGUCCCCUUUCCAAAUGUUUCUCUCCCACCUCUCGGGUUGGACGGGUUUGGAAAACAGUGAGUACUCGAAGUAGAGCGUGAUGUGGUCGCUUGACCCUAACGGCUGUCGGUCCUGCAGGUCUAACACAUUUUCCUCCUCUCGGGUAAAAAUAAGAUCAAGGCAGUUCGACUGCUGCCCUUCCCUGACCCGUGUUCCAAAGGUAACAUUCUGGCAGAGAAGUUUGUCCGUUGCCCAUUGUAGUAGUUUGUGAUUAAAGCUGUCUUGCGGCCCUUGUGCAGUCCACGUUAGCCAAUCAAUGCCAGGAGCGUUAAAAUCCCCAACGAUAAGGACAUCUUUCUUCCCACUGACUUUGUUAAGCUCAGUUACGAGCAUGAGAUCUUGGUCAGAAGUAUGGUUAGGUGAACGGUACACCAUCGAAAGCGUCAAUGAUCGGACAUUCUUAGUAGAUAUGGUAACGCUUAGCAGUUCCACAUCCCGUACCGGUCCAUGUACAUCAGCCAUAGCGCUUAGCUUGCAAGUGACAUAAAUUAUGACUCCUCCUCCUCGGCUUAGUCUAUCUCUCCUGAAUUGCUGAUAUCCUCUAAGUGAUAUUUCUGAAUCUGCGAUAUCUUCAGUAAGCCACGUUUCUGUGAAUGCCAUAAUGUCUGGCUUAAUUUCAUCAACUAAGUCUCUUAGUUCAUCUAGUUUGUUGAAGAGGCUUUGCACAUUUGCGGAUAUAACCUUCAAUGACUGAUUCGUUGGAGAGGCCCGGCCUUCAUUGUGACGGGUUCUGACCACAGGAAAGACCCCUUUGUCUGGACUAUUUGUCCAUUUUUAAUCUUCAGCCCUUUCUCUCCUCUGCCAAUUCUCUCCUUCAAUUCUGAUCUCAGUUCUCUCAUUUUCAGUCUUUCCCUCGGUUCGUAGUCUGGUUGAAAAAACACUUCCUUGUGCGAAUUGCGUAAGGUCGUUCUACUUUCUAACAAAAGCGAUGCUUGGGCUUCGUUUUCCAAAAUAACUUUCAGGGGUCUUGGGGAUGUUUUUAGGUCACGAUUUGGGUGCGCUCUGCCUAGUCGGAAAUUUUUUUUAACGGUGAAUAUUUCCCCAUCCUGCAGAACGGCACUGGCGUACUGCUGAAGAAGGUCUAGGUCGUGCGUUACUCGUUCCUUCGGAAUGCAGGAUGUGGACUCUGGGGCGCCCCUUAUGACAAUAUUUUGCUUACGAUUUAUGGAAUAGCUCAGUACUGUCCCGUCCGCGCUAGGACGAUAUAAUGCUACUGUAGUAUUCCCGACGGAUGUUGGCACUUCGACAUUUGAAUGAUUUCCGGCCGGCGAAGGGAGUUUAGGGCAUGGAUUUCUCAUGUGACGUACUUGCACCGGCAGUGGAGCUCUUACAAUCAUUACCCUGUUGCAACGUACUGCACGAAGGCUGAUAGUGUCCUUUUCCAUAAACGGAUUGGUUAGGGCACUUUCCAGAUGAGUUAGCCUUGUGGAGAAGGGGAGCCCAACAAGAAAUACAUUGGGCAGGAAUACGUAGGCGAUGAUUCCUUUCCAUCAACUUCCUCAUCGUCGGUAAGGAUAACAAAGCAUAGCGAAACAGGUUCGUUUUUGGAAUCAACAUCCGAUUUGGACAGCAGUUCGACAAUUCCGAAGGGACUAUCACCAAAUCGUUCAAGUCAAUCUUCGUUUUUGCUAUUACUUAUAUAAAUUUCAGAUGGAGGGCAUAUCACUAGCACGCCGAAGCAGAAGCGACGGCGACAUGAACAUUCACUUACCCGCCGCCGACAUAGGAAGCAUAAGAAAAGAUCGCAUUGGACAGCUUCAGGGAUAAAGGAAAUACUGGCUGGGCAAAGAGAACUGAAAGCCCAGAUGGCAGCACUUAUGGAGGUAGUUCGUCACCUGGCGGCAUCCAACUCCCUGCCGUCAGCCGUUGAGACACCCAUUGUGCAACGAGUUAGCACCUUGGGCGGUUACGACGAGCUGACGACAGGAGAGUCAGACGCGUCUUACAGGCGAAAUUUGGUAAACGGUGUUUGCUAUUAAUAAUAACCUGAUUCAGGUUGCCUACCUCUCGGCCAUGGGGGGCGACACAGUUUCGGCCUUUGCAGAACGAAUAUUUUUCACCCUUUUUUCAGAGGACGUGGCCGAGUUCCUCACUUUUUACGGAAGAAAGCCUGGUACUCGGGUCUUAUUUGACAGUCCCGUGUAUUCUGUCAUCCUGGGUAGGAUUUGCAAUUAGACCAAAUAAACAUUCACAUUCUAGAGGUCUUCAAUCGUUGGAAUAAGGACCACCACUCAGACCGCCAGCAAUUAGAAAAUGCAUUUAAGAAUGCAUUUAAGAAGGGGCACGAUCGCUAUCAAAGGAAGUGCCAUAGGGCUUCCUACAGUAGGCAAUCAAAAGGUACCUAUUAAUAUAUUGAUGCGAUUAUUAUGUAACAUAAAUCCUAAUAUGUUUACUUACCACUGCCAAAUCUUUCCCUUUUAGACCCCUCCUCAAAUAUCACAGAACCCGCCAAUUACAACGGGGAGGAACAGGCAUAAUGCUUUAUUGUAUCAAAACACAGAUAUAUUAACAACUAUUUUUUAUAAUACAAUUCUCCUAAUCCAAACAUGUGUUCCUAUAUUUACCUUAUCGGGAAAAAAGGCAGUUAUUAAUGGGAAUUGGGCAGCACAAGUGAGGGGAACCCCUGGUUGGGUAAACGCUGGUGCUCGUUUUUGGAGCUCGGGCCAAGCUCGGAACGACCUCGCUAGCCGUUUUUCAGAGCUCAUUUUGGACACGUUUUCGCGAGCUCCGUAUGAGCUCCGAUCACUUACCAUUUCAGAGCUCCAGCAGAGCUCGCCUGUCUCGCAAAACGAGCUCCCUGCGAGUUCAUUCAGAGCACAUUUAGCUAUUAGGGGUGCCGAUAACCCUAAUAGCAAAAUGUGCUCUGAACGAGCUCGCAGGGAGCUCGUUUUGCGAGGUACGCGAGCUCUGCUGGAGGUCUGGAGUGGUUAUCGAUCAGAGCUCGUACGAAGCUCGCGAAAACGAGCCCAAAAUGAGUUCUGAAAAAUGGGAUUGCGAGGUUGUUCCGAGCUUAGCCUGAACUCCAAAAAACGAGCUCCAGCGCUUACCCAACCAGGGGUCCACCUUACUUGUACUGCCGAAUUCCCAUUAAGUACCCCAAUUUGCCCCAAUGAAUUAAAUAAAGGAACACAAGUUUGGGUAUGGAAAACUGUAUUAGUAAAAAAAUACAUGUUAUCUAAUAUUUAUCUUAAUACAUCAAAGCCCUACGGCUUUUGGUUCCCGUUGUCAAUUGUGGGGUCUGUGAUAGUCGUGGUGGGGUCUAAAAGCGAAAGAUUUCGCAGUGGUAAGUGAACAUAUUAUGCUCAUUGCUAUUUAGUAGUAACAUCAAUAUAUAAAUACAUACCUUGUGAUUGCCGGCUUGAGGAUGCCCUAUGGAAUUUCCUUUAAUAGUGAUCGUGCGCCUUCUUAAAUGCAUUUUUAAUGCAUUUUCAAGCUGUUGGCGUUUUGGUCUUUAUUACACCUACUGAAAACCUCUAAAAUGUAAUUGUUUAGUUGGUCAAAUUGCAAAUCCUACCCAGGAUGACAGAAUAAACGGGACUGUCAAAGAAGCCCCGAGUUCCCGCCUUUCUUCCAUAAAACGUAAGAAACUCAGCGACGUCUUCAGAAAACAGGGUGAAGAAUAAUGUCUCCGCGAAAGCGGUUACUGUGUUAACUCAUAUGGCGGACAAGUAGGCAACCUGAAUUUGGUUAUUAUUAAUAACAAACACUGUUUACCAAAUUCAGCCUGUACGUAGUGUCGGACACUCCGGUCGUCAGCUCGUCAUAUCCAGCCAAUGUGCUGACUCCUUGCACGACGGGCGAUUUAACAGCUGACGGCAGGGAGUUGGAUGCCGUCAGGCGGCGCACUUCCUCACGGAGAGCCGCCAUCUCAGCUCUAAUUUCUCUUUGUCCAAGCAGCAGUUUCUUUACGCCGGAAAUUGUCCACUCCGACCUUUUUGUUUUCUAUGUCUGCGGUCGGACCGGGAGUGCUCAUUUCGCCGUCGCUUUCGCAUAGGCGUGCUUCUCAUGGGCUGCCCAUCUAAAAUGUAUAUACGUAUUAGCAAAACCAAAAGCUUACUUGAACGAUUGGGAGAUAACUCCUUAGGAAGAGUUGGGCUUGUGUUAAAAUCCGUUAAAGAUUCCUAAAAGAAACCUGUGUCGCUUAGCUUUGUAGACCUUACCGAUCAUGAUGCAGUUGACGGCAACGAUUCGUCGCCCAAGUAUUCCUGCCCAACGUAUUUCUUGUUAGGCUUACCCUCCCUAUGGGGUCUUUCCGACAUAGUUAUCUACAACCCAACGGGAUUAAGUUAGAAUUGUUUUUGGGCCGAAACUAAUCUAAGUCCCACAGUAUCCCCGUACCAUUUGCGAAUCUGUAAAUAAGGGACCGUUGGGUUGUAGGAUUCGCAGAUAGUGACCGCUUAGCGGUGGGGUUUUCAGUGAGACACUGAAGAACUUUGAAGAAGGUGUUGAAAGGCCGUCGUCGUACGCAAUCAUCCGUCAGCCGGUAGACUUACCAACCGCUGCACUGUCCGCUGAGUCCCAACGUCCAUUAAUUUCAAUGAGGACGAAUUCCUCCUGCAUUGGAAAGCACGCAUACUUCUGCACCGUGCUCGGCAAACGGCAGCUGUGAAUAUCGCUCCCUAACCUGCACUUGAAAACCUUAAUGUUUGAGGAGUCUACGGGAUAAUCAAAGAAGUCUUCUAUGUUAAUAAACUCCGAGUAAACUAUGUCAAUGUCGCCUGAUGCAUAUCUCACUAUAUUUCUAAUCCUAACUAGUUCAUCAUCGAUGGCCACUGAGCCAUCGGCAAUUGUAGUACUAAUGACUAGGUAACCCAUUUGGAUACAUUUAAAUUGUGUAAAUGCACCAUGAUGCUGCGCUAGUGGUCCAUCUGUAUGCUGUUGUUUACACGUCCACUCCAGAUGAAGGUGGAUAUCAAUUGCCACUGACUGCAAUUCCCCUAACCUACGCACUACUCGUUGCAGUGGCUGGGAUGGUUUCCUCAGCAGACGCUUUAACCUACCUAGGUAACUUUCGAAGGGGAACGAUGAAAAAGCGUCCAUCGGACCAUGUGGUUUUACAUCGUCCGCCAAGUGCAAAGUGCUCUGAACACUGUACACCAUUUAUUUCCUACCGCACAAAGACGAAAAUUUAUCGACAAACAUGCGUAAUACACGGCUGCAAAACGGGACCCAAUCUCUGCAUGAGCGUGGUCGUACUAUGUAGCGUCCUGCUGUAAAAAGCAGUAAGAAGUGCUUCCAAAACUUGCGUGGAACCACACCAUAAAGAACAACUACGCCAGUGUACAACAAGAAUUGGCGCAGUUCUGUGUCCUUCCAGGUGUCCAUGUCAUUUAAUGACCUAGCGCGCUGCGAAAAUUCCCUCGGCAGUCGACAUUGCCGAUGCGGACAACCUAUAUGCACUGUCUCUAGGGCUGCGCAGUCACAAGUUGAGCAGUCUUCUCACUACACCGAGGUAAACCAAAUGUAAAGGAUCUAAAGAGAAUGAGCUUACCAUUUCCAUGUUGCAUGCCAGCAAUGGCUACACGCCAAUGCGAUGGCAGUCAUCGUCCCUUGAAAAAAACCUCAUCUGUCCUAGCAUGUUCGGAGACACUAUCAUAAACUAUCUUAUCGAUGUACUCCUCCUUAACGCAACAACGUUCGCAGGCAAAGUAAGCAUUGACAUUCUUAAUCUGCUUUAUGAAAGCUCUUGCAGGAGCGUCACAGAUGAAGGAAGCCAGACGGAAACGCAGAGUUCUGUCACCCGCAUCGAGCAUCAAACCGUCUUCGUUCAACGACAUUAAAUCGUCGACGAGUGGUUUGAAGAACGCCUGCACGUCCGACGGCUUACCUACUCCACAAUAUAUACCUACAGUGAAGACCUUACUUAAUAUUGACUUCACGAUUCUGCCUAAAAUAGGCCAAAAUUCACGCUUAAUCUUCCUAUGGAUUGGAAGACCAUCUAUUGUUAGGCUAACAACUACUUCUUCUACUGAAGGGGACAGAGCUAGAUUACGCAACUGCGCGUUCGCCUGAGUGGCAAGACCCAGAUGCAUGUACUCACCACUGACCAUUGCCGUGCUCGGUGCAGAGAAGUAUGUUGCGCCCAACAGCGUACGUGUGUCAGCAGGUAGGACAGGCAACCACGGUUUCAGAGCCUUGAGCAGAUCGUUCAAGUGCGAAUGGGGAACUUUCGACCGUAAAGCCCACUUUCGCACAGCUUCACGAGCGCUUGCAUCCUUCUCCUCUACUUCUGCCGUUGAACCAACUUCUUCGUCCGUAGACACACUGGCACUCUCCAAUGAAGAAGUGCGUUCGUACUCCAGCGAAGUUCAGGACAUAGACUCGUCCGUGACGCUUUCCGACCAAAUACUAUAUGAUGUGUCCGACGACGGCAUUUCCCUCACCUCUUCGCUGAUUCCUCGUAUUAUUUUUUCAGUUGAUCUACGUGCUUUACGCCGUAUUUUACACCUACUAACAGGAGUAAACAUAAUUUUGGGUAAAAGGGGACAAAAGAGAACACAAAGACAAAGACAGAUAGCGUUGGCAAUCACAGCAUUGAGCGAGAAGCUGCGUGCGCACUGCAGCGUGAGAAAGCAAAAAGUGGGAUCGGCGAGAGCGGGAGGACUAUCGGGGGCCGAAGCUAAUCGAUAAUCAAGUGCAAGUAUGCGCGGUCGCUGGCGACCUUCGCGACGCCGACGCAGCCGUCCCGGGAACCAAUCAAAUCACGAGCAGGCUAAAGAGCCACUACCCCCCUAGAGUACGUUAGCUCGCGGCGAGCUCGCUUGCUAUUAGGGAGGGGUUAUUCAGUUGAUGCCAUAUUUUUGACUUUAAGAAAGCCUUUGAUAGUGUCCUACACAGGCUUCUGUUACAGAGGAUCUGGAAUGGAGGAAUUAAAGAAAAUAUGUUAAAGUGGAUCAGUAGUUUUCUGCCCUCUACAGUACAAAGAGUCCUCGUUGGUUACUCUACCUCAGAAUAGGCAAAGGUGCAAAGGGGUGUCCCGCAGGCUUCUGUUUAAGGCCCACCACUCUUCCUGAUUUAUUUUAAUGACUGUAUGUCCUUGGAUUAUCUCCUCUCUCUUAUAGGCAGCUAAACUGCUGUCUACUCUGGACAUUCCAGAUUAUCCGUGGCCGUGGUUGCUCACUAACAACUAAGACAAUACAGAGGAGACAUGAUCAUGGCCUUCAGGAUCGUCCAAGGGCUAAACUGUGUUCAUCAGUCUGACGAUUUCUUCGAACAGGCGCGAACGGCCAAUCUCAGAGACCACAAAAACGAAUUGGAGAUAAAAUAUGCCAAACUUGAAGUGCCGGUUAAAUUCUUCUCCCACCGGCUGGUUGAAGGUUGGAACAAAUUGCCUAACGCCGUUGUCUUGACAGAAAACGUUGAGACCUUUAAAAAGACUAGAUAAAUUUAUGCUUGAUGGUCAAGCAUUUACUCGACAUCAGCGGCUGACAUAACUGUUAUGUAAAUAUGUGCAUGCGUUUUAUACGUCUGUAUAUACAUAGGGUUUUCCAGGGCUCUGCCAAUAUCCCUCAUAUAUACUGAAUAUACUGAAUUAUACUGAACUGUUUGGAGUUUGCUCGUACAAGCCAAUUACGCGGUCAUCCUUACGAAGUCCAGAGUAAACGCGCGCGGCUAGACCGUGGGAAGAUUUCAUUAAGCCAGCGGGUUCUCCGAAUAUGGACUUGCUACCAAGUGGGAUUUUGAGGAUGGACACAAUUUGCAUGUCUAAUAGAAAACUUGUUCGCUUAAUUUUCGAUAGAGGCCGGCUUUCACAGCAUGACCAAUCACAGCCAAUUCAGUAAAACACUCUGUCAUACACAGUCUCUAUGCACUGACUUACAGUGAACAGUUGCGCUUCCUUAGCAUUACGCUUUUAUUGUGAGGCGAUCACAUCCUAAAUGUGUGCAGUUUUAUUUUGGGUGCGAAUCUGCGAAAGCAUUUUACAUAAAUAGCGUCAUCAAGGGCUCUUCAAAUACAUACAUGCAUGCAUACAUUAAGCUUCAUGCGUGCUGCUGAGCGAAAGAAAAUGGAAUCAGGUCGACAUUUUUGUAUCGAGAGAAUUUUGACAUUGGACGCCCAAUGCUUGAUCUACAAGGAACGCUGCGAGCUUACAAGUCUUGAUGCCUUGUGGUUUGGUCGAUUACAGAAGGGACUACUUUUGCGGAUUAAGCUCUUUAACUAUCCUACUAUUAAUCUGCUUUCUAUAUGAAAACAGCUUGACAACCCCCGAUGUAACAGUCAUCCUUGAGGUCUACUGGUUUAUUUCUCUGGCACGUUAUGGUUAAUACAGUCAGUUCUUUUCUGAGAACAAAAUUGCAAUGUGGAACAAGAUACACAUGAAUGUGAGAAUUCUGAAAAAUUAUUCUUUGAUUAAGAGAACCAUUACUCGCUUUUCGCAGCCAGAAAAUCUACCACACAUUUUGGGUGCUGAAUCCACUGAUUUACUCUACCGUAGUGGUGGGGUUCGUGGUCAACGAUUCACUGGCCCGUCUGCCCACGAACAAUUCCUUCAGUUUCCCCUGAACAGCGGUUUUUCUGUGUCAUGGUUUAGUACAGUCGCCGGCGAACAAUGGUUUUGCAGUGCCCCUGUUCUUUCCAGUACCAAUUUUAUGUGAAGGAGUUGAGAUUGAACAUAUCCAACGCAGUGUUACCCAUCCCUUCCUGGACUGACGCCAAUUCAUGGGCGGCAGAUUUUAUAUCCUGAACCAUUGAGACUUGCAGUGAAAACGCAAUUAGCCGUACGAAGAAAAAUGGUUACAGCAAAAAUCUAACUUUAGUUUGAAGAUACUGUGUUUCUUAGAGACAAAAUGAUAAUGGGAAUACCGCAAAUAAUGGGAAAACCGCAAAAAUAAAUAGCUGUAAAGCCUCAGGAAAACGAGGCCACCUCCAAUAUCAGUUGUCAUGGAGUGAGUGAUCCGGAUGAAGUCCUCAGUGUUCCGAGCUGAAGUCGGUUGCUACGGUUUGUUGCUCUGGCUGAUUUACGUCCGACGAGAUAUUUCUGAGAAAUAAAAAUGUCACAUGGCAAUUAACUAAAAAGGGAUUAGGGCCCGUGAGUGAAAUGAGUGAAGUAUUGACACCACGCCGCAGUCGGGCACCAAGCACGCCAUCACUCAAGCCGAAACCAGUUGUGUGUAUUUUCGGCUAUUCAAAUAUCUAUACAGGAGAGUUUAGGUGAGAAAUCGAAAAUGCACAUUGACCUAUAAACUACAAAGAGACCAUCCUCAGUAUUAAACAAUAAGGAGUUUUUUCACUCUUAAUCCUAUUAGUACUUAAGUCUUCUUUGACAGUGCCUUUAAACUGGAAUUUAAUACAAUUAUGAUUAUUAUUGUUAUCGUCUUAGUCUUUACUGCCAUGCCUAGCUUUUCCGUUUUUUUUCGACCUCUGAUUUGGGUUUUUUGGUUGCAGCAAACGGGCGUGGUCUCGGGCGUUGAUCGCUUAUUGUGUAAGUAACAUACGUGCCUGUGCCCGCUCUCCGCAUAAGACGGAUAUGAUAAAAGAUCAGAGUGUAGAUCCAAGUGGAAUGACGAAUUCAGUUAUUUUCACGCCAUUGCUCUUUGUCUUCCCUGAUAACCCAGCGAAGAUGUGCGUGCUUUACUUUCAAAGGAAUUUUCCUUGCCCUCAGAAGAACGCCAAAAAUCCUGCCAGUGUUUUUAGCGGCUCCCGUUAGUUCCUUGGUUAGUACUCCAUUGAGUGCCUCCCUUUCGUCUGUCAGUAUUUAUCAGAUAUCGUUUACAUGUUGACAUCACGACCUCGCAUUCGGAUAUUUGCUAGUGACUCCAUAACACGAUCGGUGAGCGCUCCGCUACUAUUUUAUAUUUCCGGUCGCAACCCACAGGACAACGAAUCCGCUGCUCAAUGAUUAAGGCGGUGAACUUCUAGCCAACAGGUCUCGGGAUCAAGCCCCAGGUGUUGCACACCUCGGGGUCGGGUAUGGCUGGUUGACAGUGACUAAUAGGCCAGAAAUGGCCAUUCUAGUCUCCGUCGUCUUUGUCGGUAAUGUAACGAUGAGAGUUCGCUCUAAUCCCCAAGUGAAAAGAGUGUAUCGACGCGACGUCCAGCAGAUAUCGAAUUCCCGAGAUGGGUGUAUGGAGCAGGUUGCGAUUUUGUCCACAGUCUAUCGAUUCCAUAUCGGAUUUUCGAAGUACUCCGGACACGAUGAAAGUCAGCGUAGAGCAUUACGCACGAUUCCCAGACUUAACGGAAUAAGUAUACGUCGAUCGGACCGGUGCGGUUCCACUUCGUGGUAGAAUUCCUGCUCCAGAAAGUCUGUCUGCGUUGAAACCACCGUUAUCUAUAGUACAGAUAGCUGUGGUUUCAGCACAGAUAGGCUUAUUAAUUUGCCGGUCAUACCGAAAUUUCUGUUCACGGUACCAUCAGCUUAUGCGGAAGCAUACUCGAACUGUUCGUCAUAAUCAUUUGUACAUAUAUAUGACACAUAUGACGAUAUAUGUUCUUAUUCAAGGGGAGGAGUGAUCCAUCAAUCUAAGAUGCAAAAUGACAAACAGAAGUUGAUUUUGCGGGAUGGAUUCAUAUUCCAGCCUGUAAACUCGCACGUCCUUUUUAAUACGUGUCUGGGUUGUUUGCGCUCAGAUGAGCACUAGUCGCGUCUGUGAAGCAGGCAGGUAUAGUAAAGUAUGACUAUUUAAGUUAACCUUUCGCUUGUAGUUAUCUCGAAAUGACUCUAGUCAGAUGAGCCUUGUGGCGUUACGAAGCAGCACUUUCACGUUUGCGACAUCGAACUGCAUACAUUGACAGUCCAUCUUCUAGAAUGUUUUUCGAAGGACACACAUAUCCGCCUCAUUUCUUCUUAUGCAGGUGUGGACAGGGUACUUGAUACAGUUGUGAUCUUGCCUAAUGUAGCCGGUCCCGAUGAUACCGCGGGAUGUACCUCACACCUGACGAUUUAUGGUAUCGGAUCUGGAAAGCUCGACCCAUUCCCUUUUUCAUCGGCGGAAGCCGAAUGCAGAAGUUCUAAGAGCCAAUUCUACAACUUAGGUACUUGUGCCGAAAAAGGUUUUGAGCCGGCCUCCAAUUCGACGUGUCCAGUUGAGCGACGGCGCAGAAUGAAGGUCGACAACAUCGAGCUCAUGAGGCGGAAGACGAGAAACGUGCCGAAAUAAUCUAACCGGACAUGGUACGCCGAAAGGAGUUGGCGAGUUUCCUUACGAAGUUUGUCAGGUGCACUGGAAAUUUGCGAUAGGUGGCAUCCAUAGGACGGGCGUCGCUUCCCGGAUCGCUCGGAUCGGUGCUCGUAGGAUUGCACUAUAUCCCUCCAUAGCUACUUCGAAAAUUAGCCACUCCAGCUCCAGCUAGAGCUCGGAGUGGACGUCACUCCGUCUUCCCUCUGAUGCCAUAGUUGCCUCCUCAGGACGCUGUUAACUGUGCCGAACUUCGUUCUGAUGCAUUGACGCUUCCUACCCACAGAUGGCUUGCGCCUAACUUAUUAAUGAUGGGUUUGACCCCUAGAUGCGAAUUAAAUUAGUUAUCCCAAAUAAGCCUAUCUCAACUACCUUUUUGCGUGUUGCCGAAGUAUUUCCCAAACAACCGAGCAUACAUCGUCUGGAUUCUAUUAUUUUUUAUGCCCUGGCUAAAUGAGGUCACUUUGUAAUUUUAGAAACCACCAAAGGCCAUAUGGAAUGGAAAAGCGGCAUUCCGAUGCCUUACGAAAGUGCCGAGUCGAGCUGGUUAG